CCUCGUGGAGUGGGUGGUCGUGGUACUACGGGAUGUUCUCAUUCUGUCAAACGCAUUUCCCGGUCAAAGUUCCAAAAACUUCACCAACUCUCUCUCUCUCUUCUUCUUCUGCUUCUUCUCUCUCCCUGUAAAAUAUGGAGAAGAAGAAGAAAGGCCACCUGAGCGAGAAAGAGAAGCCAGUCAUGCAGGACGAUCGAAUUCAUCAGCGGAGCAAGGGUCGGACACAGGACCAGUCCCCGAAAGAAGAAUUGCUGAGGCUAGCUGCGACCGCGGUCAGCUGCAACGUAAGGCUGAGGUCGUCGGACAUGCCCGUUCACAUGCAAGAGCGCGCCCUUCGCUGCACCCGAUCCUUCCUCGACUCAUCUUCUCCCAACCUCCGUCCCAACAACACCCACUUAGCUCGCGCUCUCAAAAAGGAGUUUGACUCGGUGUACGGGCCGGCGUGGCACUGCGUGGUGGGGAAGAGUUUCGGAUCGUUCGUGACUCACUCCCCAGGCGGCUUCCUCUACUUUUCUCUCGACUCGCUGUCCGUGCUCCUGUUCCAGACGGUGGUUCAAUUAGUCACGGAACCGACCAGGAGGAUUUUACGAAAGAAGAAGAACGCUUGAUGAAGUGGGUGCCUGGCCAAAUGUCCGAAUCACGCCACUGAUGAGUUUCCAAGAAAGGGUGUCUCGGAUCCUCGAUAGAUACUCACGUACGAAGCAUUCAUGGUUGGCAUUGGCAAUGGUUUGAUCUGCUGUUAUUGUUUUCGGGAAUCGCCACGAACAUUUUUAACUGAUCGGGGGGGCGGGGCUCGUCACAUCAAAUCAUUUUUCGGGAACGAGGGUUGGGACAGAGGAGAUCAGAAUCUUGAGACUGCUCACGGGGGGGUGCCCUGGCCUGUGGUUUUCUGGUUCUUCCCUUCAAACACACGCAAGCCAUCGAACUCCACAGACCAGUUCAGUGAGAGUUCCGUUCGUCUCCUGCGAUCUUUCGCAGGCCCCCCUAGGUGAAGUGUUUUCAAAAAGGAAACAAUAAUUGGGUUUGUCCCGUGUGUUUCGGUUUGGUCUUCCCGAGGUGGAUACGUUUCUUCAAACAAGGGAGGGGCAAUUGGUAUUCCCACUCUGCCUUCUAUGACAAAAG